AUGACUGUCCUGCCCCCAAGUCGUAACUAUCUGCAGGAGCCCUUCUGCAGUAACUAUGAUGACAGCGUCAUCUAUCAACUAACAAAUUUAGUUGGUGAACCAGAAAACAAUCAAGAAACUGAGGUGAUAUCAGCGUGGGGAAUGGGAGGUCUUGGGAAGACCACUCUUGUCCGAAGCGCCUACCGAAGCCAACAACUUGGUGGCUGGAAGCGUGCUUGGGUCACUGCAUUUCGUCCAUUCGAUCCUGAAGCGCUCGUCAGAAGUUUAUCAUUGCAACUACUGAAUGGUGCCCGAGAGGAUCCUACUGGAACAACAGCAACUGGAAAAGAAAAGAAGAGCAUUGCAACAAUGGGAGUUCAAGAGCUGGUCAAAGAAUUAGGUGUCCUUCUAAAUUAUAAGUGCCUCAUUGUUCUUGAUGAUAUAUCCACGACUGACGAAUGGGAUUUGGUCAGGAGUUGCUUCAAAAAUGCCGGAAUGGUCAUAGUCACCACAAGGGAAAGAUGUGUUGCCAAACAUUGUUCAGGAGAAGACACGGGCAUGUAUCAUCUUGAAGGUCUAAAUGAUGCUGCUGCACUUGACCUCUUCAAAAAGAAGGUGUUUCAAGACAAGACAGGAAAUGCUGAUUGGAUCAUUGAUUUGGAGGAACAAGGAAGACGUAUCUUAAAGAAGUGUGAGGGACUUCCCCUUGCAAUAUCCACUAUAGGUGGAUUCCUAGCCACUAAGCCUAAAACUGCUUUCGAAUGGAGGAAGAUGAAUGACCGCAUUAGUUCUGAGUUGGAGAUCAACACAGAGCUUAGGACUAUAAAUACAGUCAUUAUGAGGAGCUAUGAUGGCUUACCUUACCAUCUCAAGUCAUGUUUCUUAUACAUGUCCAUAUUCCCAGAAGACUACAUAAUUAAGCGCAAACGUUUGGUGAGGCGAUGGAUCGCAGAGGGUUACUGCAAAGAGGUGCAUGAUAUGACAGCAGAAGAAGUUGGUGAGGGCUACUUUGAUGAUCUUUUAGACAGGAGUAUGAUUCUGCCAGGAGAAGGUGUAGACCAUCAUACUGGGACAAUUGAUUCUUGUCAGCUUCAUGAUGUCAUCCGUGAAAUAUGCAUCUCUAAGGCUAGGGAGGAAAAUCUUGUUUUCACACUUGAGGAUGGAUGUUCCUUGAGCAAUACACAAGGUCCAAUACGCCAUCUUGUCAUUAGCAGCAACUGGAGAAGAACUAAAGAUGUAUUUGAUAGUAUGCUGGACUUAUCGCGUGUGCGAUCACUCACCGUGUAUGGAGAGUGGAGACCGUAUUUCAUAUCUGAAAAGAUGAGGUUCCUCCAGGUGCUCGAUUUGGAGGGCGCACUGCGGUUGGGGAAUCGCCAUCUUGAUAAAAUUGGGAAGCUCCAUCACCUUAGAUACCUAUCUAUACGAAGAUGUAAUCAUAUCUGGUACCUGCCAAAGUCUAUUGGAAAUUUGAGCCACCUCCAAACACUGGAUAUCAAAGGUACGCAUAUAUCAGAACUGCCAACAACUAUCACCAAGCUUCGCAAGCUACAACACCUUCGCACAACUCGUGAUUUUAUGAGAGCACAUGGUUUUAAAGUUCCAAAAGGGACCGGAAAACUGACGUCCCUACAAACACUGGGUGUUGUUGCGGUUGCAAUGAGGAAGGAAAAUGCCCUGAAGGAGCUGACUUCACUUACCCAGCUGCGUAAGCUAUGUGUGGCUGGUAUCAAAAAGGAAAACAGGGAGAAGUUUUGGUUUGCCAUUGCUGCUCACAACCGACUUUGUUCUCUGAAAGUGUAUCAAGCAUUUAGCAGUCGUACAGAUGGAGACAACUUAGAUGGUUGUUUAGGUGGGGAUUUGUUGCCACCAAAACACCUUGAGAGCCUCAAGUUGGAUGGCUUCCUGGUCAGAGUACCGCACUGGAUGCAUCACCUAUGGAAUCUAUCAAAGCUGGACCUAAAGUUCAGCGGAUUGGGCAAACAUGUUGAGAUACAAACCCUCGGGGAUCUACCAAAUCUUGCAGUUUUAAGACUGAGGAUAGGGUCACUUGUAAUGAAUCAGCUGCAUUUUCUAGGCUCGUCUUUCCCGAGCCUUGUGGUGCUGGAGCUUUCUGGGUUAAGCCAGCUCCACUUAAUAUUUGAAAAGGACGCAAUGGCUAAGCUCAAGCUGCUAGAGACUGACAGUUACAGGGAGAUGGCGGGCCUACAAUUUCUCAAGAACCUCAAGGAAAUCCGGCUAAAUGAUUGA